UCGUGGGAUCCCAGGCCCCCCCCGCGCCGGGGGUACUUCUCCCUCCCUCCUUCCCCCUCCCUCCCCCCCUCCCCGCCGCUGCCCGCCCCUCCCUCCUGUUGCCCGGCCUCUGCCCCCUCCCUCCUUGCCCCCUCCCUCGCCGCAGCCCGCAUGGCCCCGCGCGGCCCGGCCCGCGCACGCACUCCUGUCGGGCGCGCACCUCCUGGUUCCCAGUCCCGUGCCCUCGGGCCAGGCCUGAGUCACCGGGAAACUGGACUGAGUCAGGGCCGGAGGCUCAGCACCAGGGUCCUGACUUGGAGAUGGGGCCCGAGCUGAUGCUGGGAAGCAGAGAGGCGUUGGUGACGGACCGAGUGUGAGAUCAACAGGGAGAGCCCUGCAGGGUUCCAGCAUCUUGUACCAUGCCAUGCAGGGGCAGAGCUUUGACCUAGAUCUAGAGUGGGGCAGGAGCAUGGGAACCAACACUGCCAACAUUUGCUCAAUGGCCUGAGCCCCCAUGGCUGCCCCUCAGGACCUGGACAUCGCUGUGUGGCUGGCCACGGUGCACCUGGAGCAGUAUGCAGACACGUUCCGGCGACAUGGCCUGGCUACAGCGGGUGCAGCCCAGGGCCUGGGCCACGAGGAGCUGAGGCAGUUGGGCGUCAGCGCCACCGGGCACCGGAAACGCAUUCUGCGCCUGCUGCAGGCGGACGCUGCAGGGCACCUCCAGGAUCCCCAAUCUGAUAGUGCCAUGGAGCCAUCCCCCAGCCCAGACCCCCAGGCCCAGCCCCCCAAGCCUGUGCCCAAGCCCAGAACAGUGUUUGGUGGGCUCAGGGGCCCUGCUGCCAUCCAGAGGCCUGGACUGAGCCCAGCUCUCCAGCAACCAGAGGUAUCCAGGAGCCCAGAGACCAGCCCAAGUUCCCCUCUUCCCCCCGCCGCCUCCUCUGAGCAGCCUUCAGCCUUGGACACUGUGGAGAUGAUGCCUAAUACCCUCUACUUUGGCCUGGACUUAAGAGGAGGGUCACAGACAGCUCAGGACACGGCCCCAGACAGCUCCCCCCAGGCUGCUGCCGCCACCCCUUCCCUCAGGCCCACAGCAGGCACAGUGCACAUCAUGGACCCUGGUUGCCUGUACUAUGGUGUCCAGCCUGUGGGGGCUCUGGGGCCCCCCGACAGAAGAGAGGUCCGAGGUGUCUGUCAGGACAGGGAUGAACGGAGACUCAGCAGACAGGAUCUGGAGGCCCGAGAGGACACUGGCUACGCCAGCCUUGAGCUGCCUGGGGACUCCACCCUUUCGCUGCCCACCCUGGACAUGGAGGAGACCAAUGAUGACCUCAUUUCACCCUAUGCCAGCUUCUCCUCCAUGGCAGACCGCCCCACGCCCCUGCUCAGUGGCUGGCUAGACAAGCUCUCCCCUCAGGGAAACUACGUCUUCCAGAGACGCUUUGUGCAGUUCAACGGGAGGAGUCUGAUGUACUUUGGCAGUGACAAGGACCCCUUCCCCAAAGGCGUGAUCCCCCUAACUGCCAUUGCGAUGACCCGCAGCAGCAAGGACAACAAGUUCCAGGUCAUCACUGGUCAGAGGGUGUUUGUGUUCCGCACAGAGAGUGAGGCCCAGCGGGACACCUGGUGCUCCACACUGCAAUCCUGCCUGAAGGAGCAGCGCCUCCUGGGCCACCCCCGGCCCCCCCAGCCACCUCGACCCUUCCGCACGGGCAUGCUGGAGCUGCGUGGACACAAGGCCAAGGUGUUUGCCGCCUUGAGCCCUGGAGAGCUGGCGCUAUACAAGAGUGAGCAGGCCUUCUCUCUGGGCAUCGGGAUCUGCUUCAUCGACCUGCAGGGCUGCAGUGUCCGGGAGACCAAGAGUCGUAGCUUUGAUCUGCUCACGCCCCACCGCUGCUUCAGCUUCACAGCCGAAUCUGGGGGGGCUCGGCAGAGCUGGGCGGCCGCUCUGCAGGAAGCAGUAACCGAGACCCUGUCUGACUACGAGGUGGCUGAGAAAAUCUGGUCCAAUCGGGCAAACCGGCACUGUGCAGACUGUGGGGCCUCCCGGCCAGACUGGGCUGCUGUCAACCUGGGGGUGGUCAUCUGCAAGCAGUGUGCAGGUCAGCACCGGGCCCUGGGUUCCGGGAUCUCCAAGGUACAGAGCCUGAAGCUGGACACAAGUGUGUGGAGUAAUGAGAUAGUGCAGUUAUUCAUUGUCCUGGGCAACGAUCGUGCCAACCGCUUCUGGGCAGGGGCACUACCCCCAGGUGAGGGUCUGCACCCAGAUACGUCGCCUGGCCCCCGAGGAGAGUUCAUUUCCCGAAAGUACCGGCUAGGUCUCUUCCGGAAGCCCCACCCUCAGUAUCCAGAUCAUAACCAGCUUCUCCAGGCCCUGUGCUCAGCUGUGGCAGGACCCAACCUGUUGAAGGACAUGACCCAGCUCCUCUGUGCCGAGGCCUCUGAGGGCGAGGAGGAUCCCUGGCCCCCCUCAGCCCUUGAUGGUAGCCUCCCUGGCCUCCUGCCCCCCGAUUCCUCCCCUGGGGUGUACAACGAGGUGGUGGUGCCUGCCACUUAUAGCAGCUUUCUCUACUGUGGUCCCAUCAGCAACAAAGCUGGACUCCCACCCCCUCGCAAGGGCCGGGAUGCUCCCCAUCGACUGUGGUGCGUGCUGGGAGCGGCUCUGGAAAUGUUUGCAUCGGAAAGCAACUCCGAACCCCUUAGCCUCAUCCAGCCCCAGGAUGUAGUAUGUCUGGGUGUGAGCCCCCCACCCACUGACCCAAGUGAUCUUGACAGGUUCCCCUUUUCCUUUGAGCUCAUCCUCACAGGGGGGAGGAUCCAGCAUUUUGGGACAGAUGGAGCUGACAGUCUGGAGGCCUGGACCAGUGCCCUGGGCAAGUGGUUCUCCCCGCUGAGCUGUCACCAGCUGCUGGGCCCUGGGCUGCUGCGGCUAGGCCGGCUAUGGCUGCGGUCCCCCUCCCAUACAGCCCUGGCCUCUGGCCUCUGGAUGUCUGGGUUCGGCCUCCUCCGUGGUGACCACCUCUUCCUGUGUCCGGCACCGGGCCCUGGCCCCCCAGCCCCUGAGGACAUGGUGCAUCUGCGGCGGCUCCAGGAGAUCAGUGUGGUCUCUACAGCUGACACCCCAGACAAAAAGGAACAUUUGGUCCUGGUAGAGACAGGAAGGACCCUGUAUCUGCAGGGGGAGGGCCGGCUGGACUUCACAGCGUGGAACGCAGCCAUUGCGGGGGCCGCCGGUGGGGGUGGCACAGGACUGCAGGAGCAGCAGAUGAGCCGGGGUGACAUCCCCAUUAUCGUGGAUGCCUGCAUCAGUUUUGUUACCCAGCAUGGGCUGCGGCUGGAGGGGGUCUACAGGAAAGGGGGAGCCCGUGCCCGCAGCCUGCGGCUCCUGGCUGAGUUCCGGCGGGAUGCCCGGUCAGUGAAGCUCCGACCAGGGGAGCACUUUGUGGAGGAUGUCACCGACACACUCAAACGCUUCUUCCGGGAGCUUGAUGACCCUGUGACCUCUGCACGGUUGCUGCCUCGCUGGAGGGAGGCUGCUGAGCUGCCCCAGAAGAAUCAGCGCCUGGAGAAAUACAAAGAAGUUAUUGGCUGUCUGCCACGGGUCAACCGCCGCACACUGGCCACCCUCAUCGGGCAUCUCUAUCGGGUGCAGAAGUGUGCGGCUCUAAACCAGAUGUGCACACGGAACCUGGCCCUGCUGUUUGCACCCAGCGUGUUCCAGACGGAUGGGCGGGGGGAGCAUGAGGUGCGGGUGCUGCAGGAGCUCAUUGACGGCUACGUCUCUGUCUUUGAUAUUGACUCUGACCAAGUAGCUCAGAUUGACUUGGAGGUCAGUCUUAUUACCACGUGGAAGGAUGUGCAGCUGUCCCAGGCUGGUGACCUCAUCAUGGAGGUUUAUAUUGAGCAGCAACUUCCAGACAACUGUGUCACCCUGAAGGUGUCCCCAACACUGACUGCUGAGGAGCUGACCAACCAGGUGCUGGAGAUGCGGGGGACAGCAGCUGGGACAGACUUGUGGGUGACAUUUGAGAUUCGUGAGCAUGGGGAGCUUGAGCGGCCACUGCACCCCAAGGAAAGGGUCCUAGAGCAGGCCCUGCAAUGGUGUCAGCUCCCAGAGCCCUGCUCAGCCUCCCUCCUCUUGCAAAAAGUCUCCCUGGCCCAGGCUGGCUGCCUCUUCACAGGCAUCCGGCGUGAGAGCCCACGGGUGGGUCUGCUACGGUGCCGCGAGGAGCCGCCCCGCUUGCUGGGAAGCCGCUUCCAGGAGAGGUUCUUUCUGCUGCGUGACCGCUGCCUGCUGCUGCUCAAGGAGAAGAGGAGCUCUAAACCAGAACGGGAGUGGCCUUUGGAAGGUGCCAAGGUCUAUCUGGGAAUCCGCAAGAAGUUAAAGCCUCCAACACCGUGGGGCUUCACAUUGAUACUGGAGAAGAUGCACCUCUACCUGUCCUGUACUGACGAGGACGAGAUGUGGGACUGGACCACUAGCAUCCUCAAAGCCCAGCACGAUGACCAGCAGCCAGUCAUCUUACGACGCCAUUCCUCCUCAGACUUCGCCCGUCAAAAGUUUGGCACUAUGCCCUUGUUGCCCAUCCGUGGGGAUGACAGUGGGGCCACCCUCCUCUCUGCCAAUCAGACUCUGCGGCGGCUACACAACCGGAGGACCCUGUCCAUGUUCUUUCCGAUGAAGUCUUCCCAGGGGUCUGUGGAGGAGCAAGAGGAACUGGAGGAGCCUGUGUAUGAGGAGCCGGUAUACGAGGAAGUGGGGGCCUUCCCUGAGCUGACCAAGGACACCACCACCUCCUUCUCCACCCCACAGGAGUGGACAGCCAAGCCAGAGCCCUCCCUUACCAGCCAGAGGUCCUUUGAUCAACCCCUUCUUUCCAAGGCAGGCACCCUGGGCAAGGAGGAGAGGUUAUCAGAUUCCUCUCUGGGCCCCACUUCAAAGAGCAGCCCCCAGGCAGGUGGGUCCCUGGAGGAACAGCUGCUCCAGGAGCUCAACAGUCUCAUCCUGAGGAAGGGAGAAACCACUGCAGGUCUCAGCAGCUCCUCCCAGCCCUCCAGCCCCCGGGCCCCUAGCCCCACUGGCCUUCCAACACAGACAUCCAGCUUCCCCACCCAACCCCCCUACUCUUCCAGUCCACCCUCCAGCCAGCCCCUCACAUGACCCUAGGACCAGCAGUCUGAGAGGACAGGUACCCAGGGGGCAGAAGACGCACACUCUCAGUGGCAGACAUUGCUGGGAGCUUCCUCUGCCCUAGUUGGAAAGAUUCCAGAAACCAGCAUGGUGCUGGGGAAGGGGCACUGGACUGAGGGUUCAUGAGGCUGUGUGUCCCAGGAGAGGUCUUGGCCCCUCUGUGGACCUCAGCUCACUUCUGUGUACCAUGAAGUAGCUGAGAUGAGGAGAGUAGUGAAUGUCAAAUGGUGUUUCCCAGAGCUGCAAGUUCCACAUAUUUGCCCUCAGUAAGGGCAGUUCCUGCUUUAUAUAUUUGAUACAUAGGUGUCCUGUGAGAGAUUUUGGGUUUUAAAAGAAUGGUUUUCACUGCCAGUGGUCUGCAUGAUCUAAGUCCAUCCUACCCCACUUCCUACAUUCUGGGAUGACAUCAGAGCCCUGGAGUUGGGAGAGUGAUUGGGUUUAGGGGUUGGGACAAAGAGGAGACAAAAAUGGAUACGUCACUGUUAAUAAAUUUUGGAACCAAA